UCUCGUGGGGGCGGGACUUCCGGGGGCGCCUUUGUGGUGUCUGAGUUCUCUGUCGUUCCCGGGACUGUUCCGUGGCUUAGUGCGUCCGGAAUCCUCAGUCCCGACCGACGUGAAUGGAAAGCGCGAAAAGAGGGCCUGUUCCCGCCGCAGUGGCGGCUGCGAGGCGUCCUCGCCCCCGCCCGGUCGCCCGCCGCGUCCCGCCCCGCUCUUCCCACUGGUCGGAGGCCGAGGCCGCGCCGGUGAAGCCGGCGCAGGGUCCCAUGGCGGUGGCAGAAAUGCUUAUGGACCCCGUGCAGAGCCGCGUGGUCUUUGAGGACGUGGCCAUACACUUCUCCCAGGAAGAGUGGGGCCUCCUUGAUGGAGCUCAGAGACUCCUGUACCGUGCUGUGAUGAUGGAGAACUUGGCGCUUCUGUCCUCCCUAGGUUGUUGGCAUGGAGCACAGGACGAGGAGGCAUCACAGGUCAGGACUCCAAAGCCAGACUCUUCCGUCCAGGAGGCCCAGUGUGAGAAAGACAUGUUGCCCUCGGCUGAGCAGGAUGGAAUGUACUCUGAUCGGGAACUAUAUAUUUGUGGGGCAAACCAAAAGGAAUGGAUUGAAGACCAGUUUUCUAGAAGGGAGGAGGGGAGGCCUUCCUCUGCAACGAACGACAGUGUUCACGUGGCAGAGAGUAGCUGCACGUGCUGCAAAGACGGAAAGGACUUUCCGGCCGGCACAGGCCUGCCCCAGCACCUGACCCCUCGCAGUGCAUUGAAACCACACAGGGACCCCGAGUGCGGGGAGGCCUUUGAAAGCAGACAGAGUGAUUACAAGUGCAUUCAGUGCGGGAAGGCCUUCAGGCAAAAACAGGUACUUGAAUUCCUUUCAUCUGGCCAAAUUGAAACUAGACCCACGAGACAAGCUUCUACCCGCCACCCACCACACCUGGCAGCUGUGUUUUUAUACUGUGUCUCUAUGGAUUUGACUGCUCUGGAGACCUCAUGUAAGUGGAAUCAUACGGUAUUUGUCUUUUCGUGACUGGCUUAUUUUGCUUAGCAUAGUUUCCUCAUUUGUCAGCAUUUCCUUCUGUUUUGAGAAAGAAUCAGAGUUAAUAAGAUAUUGGGAAGUGUGUCAAUGGAGUCAGUACAGCUUUGCCAGAUGUGAUAUUUCGGGAGGAAGAGGAGAUCCAGAUUUUAUAUGGUAUCUUUAUUUCUUAACAGCUUUAUGGAGGUAUUGACAUACGUUAAACUGCAUUUAUUGAAGGUGUAGGAUAUAUUUUCAUAUAUGUAUGCACAAUGGGAGCAUUGCCAGAGCCAUGAUAAUGAAUAAUCCAUAACCCCUAUGUAUAGUUUCCAUCGGUCCCUUGUACUCUCUCUCUCCCAGUCCUACGCAACUUGCUAUCCCCAGGUGGGCACUGUCAUUUGCAUUUUCUAGAAUUUUAUAUAAAUAGAAUCCUACGCUUACUCUUGUAUAGCUGUGUUUACUAAGCACAUAUAUGUAUUUUUAGUAUUGUCCAUGUUGUGUGUGCAGAAGCAUGGCACUAGAUAACCGGCAAGGCUCUGUGUUAUGUAGUAGAGCUGCACUGUUCAUAAACAACAAAGGUGCUAAUAAUCACUGAGUAUAAGAGUUGUUUAGAAUGGAAAAUGAAGUUUAGAGAAAAUAAAUUUAAAUUCAGUUUCAUAUGAAUUCAUUAUCAAUAAAAAAUCUUGAACGAUCUGAAACACC